AUGACAACAGAAAAUAUUUAAGGGUGAAAGAGACGAGAAUGUGCAAGAUUUAGUUGAAGUGGUAAAUGACAGCAGAAGUGGUAUCGAUGGUGAUGAAUAAUUCAGCAGCGUCAGCGUUGGUGCUCGUGGUGUUGGUGAGCUCCGCAGCGGCGGCGGCGGCGGCGAUAGCGGAGGGGUGCAGGGAGGAUCUAAUAGCGUUUUCAGGAUGUCUGGCAUACGUGUCGUAUCCGCCGAACAACCUGACAGAAAGUCCUUCGGAGAAGUGCUGCAUGGCGUUCUCAAGGGCGGUAGAAUCGGUUUGCCUCUGCUACGUUGUCGGCGACCCUCUGAUUCUUGGCUUCCCUCUCAACACGACGAGACUCUUCUCUCUCUCUUCCCUUUGUCCGUCUCCAUUCUCAACCUCUUUUCCCUCUCUUUGUUCAAAUUCUUCUGCUCUGCCUCCUCUCGCCGCCGCAUCGAAUCAAACUCUGGGAACUUCUGUCAGUGAGUCUUUCAUUUUCUUCUGUCGUUAACUGCUUUCAAAGACAUGAUAUAUAUCUAAACAAGAACCACGUCGUUAUUAUUAUUAUCUUUAACAAUAUUCAUGUAUGGGCAGGAGCAGGAGGAGGAGGAAGAGGAGGAGGAAGAGGAGGAGGAGGAGGAAGAGGAGGAGGAAGAGGAAGGGGAAAGUCAGGGUCCGGCGAUGAAGGAGAAUCUUCUGGGAGAAGUUCACCAGUUUUAAACGGUGGAGCAGGAACGGUUUCUCACAGACACUCUUCUUCUUCAACCCUCAUUCCAUUCUUCACUUUCUCAGUAUUCUUGGCCAUCUUCUCUACACUCCACAACACGUGAUCUUUUCUUACUCUCAUCGUUGUUUUUUCAAGAUCAUAUAGGAUGAAUGGUUGAAUAAUAUUCUCCAUGUUGCUACAAUCCAAUUUCAGUACAGAAUGAAUGUUCUUGUUAUUCAUGCAUGCAAUAUUAUAACACUUUCCACCCUUCACAGAUCUUGUUUCUAAUCCCAAUUUCGUUUGCAUGCAUGUUUUUUCUUUGUUUACAUGAAUUUCACGUUUGAGACUUUGGUUUAUUAACGAAAAUGGUGUAAAUUUGUUGAGAUUUUAUGGAAAUGGAUAGAUUAUGAAAAAAUAUUAGUUAGUAUGACUUUAAAAUGAAGGAGCCAUCGUCUUCCCCAGCACGACUUUCGUAUCACAACUUCAGUUAUUUGUGAUUUUUUCUUUUCACUUUUUUUAAUUUUUUGAAUUCUCGUUAGGGUGUACUCAUCCAUGUUCGUUUUUUUUUUCUUCAUAAUAUAUCAGAUUUCACACCGUUUUUGUAAAUAAAAAUCAGAUUUCAGAUAACUGGUUGAAGGGCUAUAUUAAAUAGUAAAUUCUGCAGAUUGAAACUAACUAAUGAAAAAACUUAUUCUGUUUCCUCUUUAUUAUUUCAACUGCUACAGGUACUCACAUAUUC